UAUGAUACCAUAAUUUUGCAAACAGGUCAUUUUUUUACCUCACUGAUGUGCGUUGAUGAGGCUGCACUGAUAGGCAACACUGAUCGGUGGCACUGACAGCACUGCUGGGCACUGAUCAUCAGUGCCCUGAUGAUCAGUGCUGUUUUGCUCUGUGACAGCUGCCGGUUAUUGGCAGUAAUUUCCACACGCUGCGACAGCGUGGUGAAAGUGCAGCUGAUAACAAGCAACUGUAUUUACUCGGUGAUCUGCUGCGUUAUUGGACACAACUGAUCACGUGUCAUGUGAUCAGCUGUGUCCAUAGGACACAGUGAUCACUGACAAUGUCGGGUGAGCACUGCAGGGGGUGAUUUCU